GAGAGAGAGAGAGGGGGGGUAUGUAUGUAUGUGUGUGUGUGUGUGUGCGCGCGCGCGCGCGCGUGUAUGUGUGUGUGUGUGCGCGCGCGAGGCCUUCCCCCUUGUAUAAGCGACCCUCUGUCUGCGUAACUACGGAUGGUCUGUAAAUGGAGUGUAGGAAAUAUUUCAGCUCGCGCCGGGAUUUUGCGAAGAAAAAGGAUUCUUUAAACUGAGUCGCCAUUACAAACAAGUAAGGCUGUCCAAGUUGAUAGAAAGCCCAGUGUUGUUUUUAGGAAGCAAACCAAAAAAGAAAAAGAAAAGAAGAAGGUAAUAAUGUAGCUAGUCGUCGUGUUGGGCGGGUAAACCAGCCUGAAACCGAGGUCGGCACAAUGCCGGAUAAGGACGCGGAUCUGCCUGGAAUUCUAGGGACAUUAUUAUAAGGCUCUUUCGGAAAAGCCGAGCGGAGCUUUGAAUAUUUUUUUUUUUAUUUUUUGCUUUUCUUCUUUUCAUUAUUUUUUUUAAACCGAGUUCGCCCCUUGGGUGGAUGAUGGAUGGCCGAGAUUUCGGGCCCCCCAGAUCCGUGCAUGUUCCCCCGCCGCUGCUUUCGGGACUCGCCAUGGAGUCGCACCGACUCGGAGCUUCCGCCGCGUCCGGGAGGAUCCCACCGUCUCCCGGCCACCUGGGCGCGGGCCACCCGGCGGCCGCUCUGCACUCGGGAAAAUUCCUCUCUCCGACUAUUAACAUGCAAAGCCACCACAGUGAUGCCUUCCCAGGUGCCUCUAGCUUCCUCGGCGGCUACAUGAGCUCCCCGAACGCACACGCAGGGCCGAGCUCUCUUCCCUCCGACCCCUCCUUCAGAGCCCCCAGCAACCCUCCCAGCCUGCAGAUGGCUCAGCUCUGGGCUUCACACUCUCAUGAAGGUUUCCCCCACAUUUCCAGCGGUCUGUACCCUGGCCCUUUUCUUCCCCUGGGUCAUCUUGAGCAUCCACAACUAGGCCAGCAUUCACUUUUUGACUCACAAAAAGAGGGGUUUUACCUUCCAGGCUCAGUACACUCCCAGUCUGCCAUGGCCCGGAGCCUUGUGGCCCAUUUGCCCAGCCCCCUCUCCAGAGAGAAGACGCAAGAGCUCCACAGGAGCUCAAAAGACUCAGGUCGGGAACUGGGAAAAGAAAAGCCCUGCAAGAGCGAGCCAGGCCACUCGGUACAGCGCAGGGAGCGGGCUCGGGAAGAGUCGCGGCCUCACAGCGUAGUCGACCUGACCCAGGAUGCUAAGCCUGAGGACGAGCGGCGAGUCUUUCAGCAGCAUUCGCCUGCUGCUGAUGUUAAACCCAAAUACUUGCUCCAGCCCUCGCUCAGCAACUGCAGGACCAGCAGUGGCCCACCAUCCAGAUACCCAGGUUCGGAAUCAGAAAGAAGGGAGCGUGUUGACGAAAAUGACCCCACCACCACUCCUUCCUCUGGUGACAAGCCAAAACGGCUUGACUCCAUGGCUACAUCUCUAGGCACUUUGCACGUUACUUAUGCCAGCCCCUCCUCUCUCCAGAGUAGUCCAGCAUCCUUACCACCCAGGCUGGUGUCUUCUGGUGCUUACCCUCCCCCUCACCACAUGCCCCCAAGCUUGUAUCCACUCUGCUCUGCCACCAAAGAGCCAGCCAAGGAACACAGAGUGACCGCUCCUACUUAUGUGCCUUCUGUCGAGGUUUAUGACGAGCGGAAAGGGCCCAUACAGAUCGCCUCGCAAGCUCGAGACAAUAAAACUGAUAAGAGCAGGGACAGGGACAUGAACAGAGCACCCCUGCAGGUGGGGAGUGAGAGGACAAUUGCACCGUCUGUCAGGAGCGAGUCUCCUUGUCCUGGUGAGCUCAAGAGAGACUUUGUACGGGAAGAGGGAUCUGUGAUCAGGGCCAACAAUUUGGCUGUAAAAAGGCCACCUGUUUUAGAUUUGGGCACAAUCAAAUCCUGCCACAGCCCAAACACCAAGGACUUACCGAGCACCAAGCACACAGUCAAAAUGGGGCUGGAGACAGAAAGCCGCAUCCAAGAGCGUGAAAUCGUUCAAAGGUCUGGACCCACGUUUUCUGGUCUGGAACCUUCUGCACUCCACUCUGCUGAGACCAAAUGGAAGCCUUUUGAGAUGGGCAACUAUGCCGCUAGCCACAUGGCCGCUUUGGCAGCUCAACACACACAUGGUCCCAGAGGAGAGGAGGAGGGCAAGCGCAUGUACCUGGAUCGCAGAGGCAGCCCAGGGAGCCUCCAGGGCGAGGAACACAGUGAGGUAUCUGCCAUGCAGAGCCUUAUCAAGUACAGUGGGAAUUUCUCUGGCGAGGUCAUGUCUAAGCAUGGCGCGGAUAGCCGCAACCCAUUUGGGGGACUGGGCAACCUGAAGCUGGAGGCUUCUCAGCAUGCGAGCGCUAAAGCUCAGCACCUGUCUGGAAAGCAGCUGAAGAGGGAGCCAGAGAGACCCGAAAGCACCAAAUCUUUCAACCGGGACGGAAACUCCUCUCAGGGGGAGGCUGAGGUUCGGCACCCCCCAGUGGGCAUCGCGGUAGCGGUGGCCCGACAGAGAGAUAACGGCAGCAAGCUCGGCUCUGUGUCGGACCGAGAUAGACCAAUUCUGGCAGGAGGCAUCAAAGGCCCAGGCCAAGAGGAAGAGGAACAAGGACAAGAGCGAACACAUCAUCACGAUGGCCGGCUUCUGUCUGGACGUCUGGAACAUGAGCAAGAGAAGGCGUUGAGAGAGAACAAGAACUUGGCGGAUUAUCCUCAGCUGCAUCCUCCCUUGGUGUCCGUGAGUAGUCUGAACCCGAACCUGAUGGUGACUGGAGGUUCUGCCCUGACGGGGGCAGGCCGUUGGCCUGCUGACCCCACUUCCCAUCUGACUUCCCACCCUUGGCUGCCUCGCCCUGGACCCUCAUCUAUGUGGCUGCCUGGUUCUCCAUAUGGACUUGGAGCACCCUCUCUUCACCAGCCCCUACCCCCAGGUUACCCCCCGACCUUACCUGGGUCUAUCCCUCAAGCCUACCAGUUUGCCCGGGACCCACAGACUGGACAACUGGUUGUUAUUCCCACUGAACACCUUCCACACUACACGGCAGAGAUGUUGGAGCGUGGCCCCCCACUGUGGCCAGCCGUGUACCCACCAGCAGGCAGCUCUCUGCAGCACGCCCACCAGCUGCAGCUCCUCUCGCACCAGCAGCUCGUACGCCAACAGGAGCUCUACAUGAUUCAGCAGCAGGCUGCCCAGGUCAUGGAGCUACAGAGGAGUGCACAGUUUGUGGAGAGACUAAAAGAACAGCGGGCUGACAUGGAGGACAAAGUGGAGAAGAGGGGUGGAGAAGGCACUAAAGCCAGCCUUUCAAGUGUACCUACAUCUGUACUGCACUCACGCAAGCCCCCUCCACCUUCUCCAACCCCAUCGACCUCCCACAAAAAGACUGUAACACCCCUAGCAGUCACACCACUGCCCUCACCAGUCACUUCCCUUAAGUCUGAAGACAGGCCCAAAGUGGAGAGCACACUUCCUCAGCAGUCUUAUUCGCACCCAUCUACCCCAGCCCCACAGCCGCUCAGCCCUGCCUCUGCCUUGUCACCUCCCCCUUCCCCUAUCCACCCUAAACAAGAGUCUGUGGAGGUGCCCGACAAAGAGGAACUUGACCUGCGUAAACAAAUGUCUGCUUCUUUCCCGUCUAUAUAUCCUGAAAUUCCUCCAGGCUACCCCUACCAAUCGAUAACGGCGUCAUUCGGCAGCCAUUACCCCUACCUUCUUCAGCCAGCCACAGCUGCUGAUGCAGAAGGCCUGGCUCCAGCUGUGCCUCUGCAGGCCGAAGGCUCAAAGCGCUUAGCCUGCCCAGCCAGUGUAAAACCCAGCCACAUGUGUUCCCCGGUGGUGGCAGAAGCUCUGCAGGCAUCCAGAGAGCCCAAGCGAGUAGAGGAGAGUGUUGUGCCAUUCAAAGAGGAGCCAGACCUUGAGAACAGCAAGGAAGUUCUGGGCCAGAAUGUAAUCACACAGUCUAUCCACUCUGCUGCUCCGAUUUCCAGCCAGGACUCGUGUACUCCUGUCGAAGCAGACGCCUGCUCUGGAGCGGCAGCCUCACCACUGCCUGUGGAAAACCAAGAAGAACAAGAUGAUAGGCCAGAUCUCUUCUCCUCUUCUCAACAAGAGUUGUACCAAAGAGCAGGAUCAGACUUGGAUAGAAGCCCUGCAGCAGACAUUUCAAAAAGUUCUCUCAACUUGCCAGAGGUGGCCUACACAUCCUCCACAGAUUACACUGACAUGCAACCCAUAGACUGCAGCAUUCGUUCCUCAGACUCACCCUCAGUUCACACAGAGAGACUCAUUGCAGAACCCAAAUCCAAAGAACCCUCACUUGACGCUCCAGACCUGGAAUCCACACAUAAUGACAUACCGCAUCCGUGCCCCUCUCCUCCUGUGCUCCUGCCUGCCCCGGUGGCAGUAACUAUCCAGUCUGAGGACCCUAUGGCAGGCAUGCUGGCACUCCUCACAGCCAGUGAGCUACCCCAAUCUGGAGCCCUUACCACCAUGGCUGAGCUGCCCCCUGCCGGCAUGGUGCAGUGCCCAGGAAUCAGUCUUUUGGCGUCCACUGCAGUCGAGGGCAUGGCCCUGCUUAGCCAAAUGGCUGAGCUCGAGAUGCAGAGGCACCAGAGAGAUUCCAUGCAGGGCAUAAUGCACUGUGGAUUAGAGAGUCUCCUCGAGGCUGGGAGGCAAGUCCUCCUGGAGGCCAUCGAGUGCCAGCCUCAAGUCAGCAUCCGCCUCCCCAGAGAGCUCAACCCCAACAAGAAAUACAGCUGGAGACAGAAGAAAGACGAACCUAUGUUCUCCAAGUCCUCUCUGGAGAGUAUGGAUGCAAUGGAGGUGGACUAUCGUGUGAGACUGGCUGAGCUGCAGCGGUGUUAUAAAGACAAGCAGAGAGAGCUGAUCAGGCUACAAAAACGGAGAGACAAAGUAGAGAAGCAACAGUUGCAGCUCCAGCAGCAGCAAGAGGAAAGGAGCAGGAACCUGGCCAGGAGAGGCCCCGGUCGGCCCCGGAAGCGCAAACAUGGCCUGUGUGCUCUGUCUCCGCCUUCAGGCAAGCUGGAUGCGAAGUGUGGAAAGCUGGCCCAGAGCUCACAGUACUCAGAGGACUCGGAGAGUGGGGAAGUGCUGAGGAAGCGCUUCCGUAGCUCCACCCGGGAGGAGGAAGAUGAUGAGGACACAGAUGCUGGGAUUUUAAAAUCAAAGAAGAGACGCAAGAGCUGGAACGAGCAAGAAGCAUCUUCCAGUUACUCUCACGAGGUUCCUAAAACAGGCAGUAAAAAGAGCCAAGUAAGCGAGCAAGAGCAGUUGGCUUCAAAGCUGGACAAAGCCUUGUCUCUCACUAAGCUCGGUAAAUCGAACAAGGCCUCGUGUAAGUUUGUGGACGGUUCUUCUGCAAAGUCCAGAACUCCCUCUGGGAGCAGGCUGUCUAUGCUCCCGGACAUAAGUGCGAAAAACAAGAUGGCAAAAUCCAAGCUGUCCAAAGAUCUGGGUUUCUUUCACAAAUCCUCCAAAGGUGGUAAAAACAAAAUGUCCAGCAAAUUAAAGCCUUCCGACUCAUGCCUUAAGGGAAAAAGCCAGAGGAAAGCUUCCAACUCUCCAGUGAGGUCAGAGAUCAGCAGCUACUCCAACAACACCGAUUCAGAAGAGGACUCCAUGAAGGAUGGCUGGCCACCUCAUGCCAUGCUGGGUAGAUCAGGACCCUGUGCACAGAUCCCAGGCCAAUACAGCACUCCGUCUAAGAAGAAGCGUCCGCCGUCCAAGAAAACCUCUGCAUCCUCCUCCUCCUCCUCGUGUCUCAAGACGAAACAGGGGGUGAAAGAAAGAAAACAGAAGCACUUUGCUUUAUUACUGCAAGAGGCAGGAGUCAGCUCCUCUGAGGACUCAUUUGACCAAGAGUACUUUACUGAAAGGGAUGAUUACGAGGAUGAGGACGAUGAAGAGGACUAUGACCAUGACCUGGAUGAGAUUAAUGGCAUGUGCUCUUCCUCGCUAGAGGAAAGUGGGUUGGGUCUGCUUGCUCGCUUUGCUGCUAGCGCCAUCCCUAGCCCGGUUACCUCAGGCCCCAUGUCCCUCAUUCAGCUGGAGGCCAAGCAGAAAGCCAAGAAAAAAGAGGAGAGGCAGAAUCUGCUAGGUACCGAGUUUGAAUUCACAGACUCUGAGAGCGACAUCAAGAUCCGGAAGUUCCCGUCUCUGCUGCAUGGUAAGAGAUCAGCACCCGAGCUCCCUCUGCUACCCCCAGCCAGUGUGCUGAGUGAGGACUCCAGCCCCGGCAAGCGCGGCCGCAAGCCCAAAGCCCAAGCCGAGAUCAACUUGAGCUUCUCUGCUGAAGGCAGUGAUGAAGAACGCUGGAUCCGCCGCCGGAGUGAGCGUAUUUUCCUCCACGAUGCCGCCCAGGCUAAACCCAUCUCUCCAUCCAAACCAGCAGUGCCCAAACCGGCUCGUGUCUCCAGAACACCUCUGCAUGGCUCCAAGGACAUCCCGAAAACCAAGGAGGCAAAAGUACUGGGAAAGAAGAAGAGGUUGAAAGAGCUCCCCCUGCGUCUGCCUCCGCUCUCCAGCACUCCUUCAGAGAGCAGCGCGCCGCUUUCAGUUGGCCCUGGGCGCAAGAGCAAGAUUAAACCCAAACCUAGAGAGGUCCGAGGAAAAGGUGGCGCUGUCAGUAAACUGAUGGAGAGCAUGGCUGCUGAUGAAGACUUUGAACCUAAUCAGGACAGCAGCUUCUCAGAGGACGAGAACCCACGUAUGAGCACUGAAAGACCCUGUACCCCUGCUCCUCGUAACUGUGUGCUUAAUAAGGAUGAGCUUCAGGACGGAUUGCGUGUCCUUAUCCCUAUGGAUGACAAGCUGCUGUACGCCGGCCAUGUCAACACCGUCCACUCACCAGACAUAUACAGCGUGGUGGUUGAGGGUGAACGAGGUAACAGGCCUCAUAUCUACUGCCUGGAGCAGCUGCUGCAGGAGGCGAUUAUCGACGUUAAGCCCCCCUCUGUGAGGUACCUGCCUCAGGGAACACGAAUCGCAGCCUACUGGAGCCAACAGUACCGCUGCCUCUACCCAGGCACCGUGGUCAGAGGGAGUCCUGAUAUGGACGAGGUGGACGACUUGAUAACCGUAGAGUUUGAUGACGGAGACACCGGCCGCAUUCCUCUCUCUCACAUUAGACUGCUGCCUCCUGACUACAAGAUCCAGUGUGCGGAGCCGUCCCCUGCUCUCUUGGUGGCUAGCACUAAAAAGCGAGUGCGGAAGGGUAGUAAGGACGUCCCUGAAAGCAAAGACGCAAGCCCCAAAACCACAGAGGAUUCUGCUCCAAAGAAUAAAGGGAGAGGGAGGAAACCAAAGCCCAAACCUGAGCCUGAACUAGCUCAAAAGGAGCAUGAAAAACCUGACCAAUCAGCCCCUGGACCAGUGCAGGAGAGACCCCUUACCACCCAGAAAAGUGGCCCACUGCUAGGCAGGAAGAGUCAGCCUGCCAACACAACCACCCCCUCCAUCCCCAUACCUGCUGAAGGCCAGAAGAAAACUGUUGUAGCCAAACCCCCAGCCAAAGUACACUCUCAGCCCAAGUCUGUCUACUCAUCUGCGCUUUAUGGAAAAGUUCUCUCUGUCGAUCUCUAUAAUGACCCUUCUGCUUCGUUAGCUUCCUUUAUGUCCAACAAUGAGGGCGCGAAGGCAAAGGCUGUCAAAAGAGUCCGGAAGAGCGAAGACGAAGGAGUGGCGUUUGGGGUGAAAACCCAACGCAAACAGCCUCAGACAGAGAUCCUGAUCAAGUUGGAUCAUGAGGGUGUGAUGUCCCCCAAAACCAAGAAGACCAAAGCCCUGAUGAUGAUGGAGGGUCAGAACUGCACAAAGAGAGACAAUAAAACAGCCGUGAUGGGUGUUAACUACACUACUGUGACCUCCACUACUCCGACGGAUAAAACACUGAAGCCCAAGACGGAGCCUGAGACAAUUAACACAGACAGCGUGGCGUCCUACGGUAUCCGUAAACUGGGGAGCAGCACAGACAGCCGUGCAAGUGUGAAGAGCUCAGGAGAGAAGGAAACUCAAUCAGAAAACUGUAGCAGCAGCAGCAGUAGCAGCUCAGAGUCUGAUGGAGAAGAGGAAAGGAGGACGUCGCCGGAAACAAAGACCAAACAGGACAGCAGCUCUACCAGCUCACGUGCCUCUAGCCCCACCUCUUCCAGCUCCUCCAGCAGUAGCUCCUCUUCUACUGCCGGAUUUAAUUCGUCGUCCUCAUCCUCCUCCUCUUCCUCCACCACCAGUGACGAGGAAUCUUCAUGUAGCUCGGACGAGGAGGCUCCUGCGGCACCCCAGCCUCUGUCUCCUCAAGAGCAACCUCCAACAGAGAAUGAUGAAGAGGAUGUAGAAGAGAAAGCAGAGGUGAAGACUGAGUCCCCGCCCUCCACACCCAAGGCCCAGAAAGAGCAAGAUCCUCCCAAACAGCAGGCGAAGCAACAGAAGCAGCAGAAAGUGAAGAAGAGCGUUGGACGGCCGAAGAGGAGAGAGGGCAUCCAUUUGCCCACUACGAAGGAGCUGGCUAAGAGGCAGAGACUGCCUUCUGUGGAGAACAGACCCAAGAUUUCUGCUUUCCUCCCAGCCAGGCAGCUGUGGAAGUGGUUUGGGAAACCUACUCAGAGACGGGGAAUGAAGGGCAAAGCAAAGAAACUCUUUUACAAGGCCAUUAUGCGAGGCAAAGAAAUGAUUCGGAUUGGAGACUGUGCCGUUUUCUUGUCUGCUGGACGGCCUAAUCUUCCGUUUAUUGGUCACAUCCAGAGCAUGUGGGAGUCUUGGGGAAACAACAUGGUGGUUCGUGUCAAAUGGUUCUACCAUCCUGAGGAAACCAACCCUGGAAAGAAACUUCACGACAAAAAGAACUGGGAUCAGAUGUCUGGAAGGAAUCUUGCUGCUGUUCUGCAGGCAUCCAACCAGAGGAAGGAUUUCAUGGAGCGAGCUCUGUACCAGUCCUCUCACGUCGACGAGAACGAUGUCCAGACCAUCUCUCACAAGUGCUUGGUGGUUAGUCUGGAGCAGUAUGAACAGAUGAUUAAAACUAAGAAGUACCAGGACAGUGAGGACCUCUACUACCUAGCUGGCACUUAUGAACCCACUACUGGUAUGAUUUUCAACACUGACGGUGUUCCUGUCAUCUGCUGAGGAGUGCUCUUAUCAGCCGGCUACACCGCAGGAACGAGCUCAGAUCUUUGUAGAAGAUGACCAGAGAGAGCUAGAUCAACGUUGGAGCCUUUCCGAAAUCACGGUGACGUUCCCGAACGAGACCAUCGUUCGUCUUCACUGAAUGACACGAUAUGAGGACCGAGACUGAUUGUAAGCAUGAUCAUGACCGCAGUAUACAGUCUGUUAAAGGAUGCGUAUGUGGAGAAGGCAAAUGUGGAGCUGUGUUGUCUAACCUGUUAACAUGGGGCAGACCCUUCCGGCUCUGAUAUAACGACAUAAGCACGGAGAACAAAUCACGCACCAGAAAUGAGUGUGCAUGUCUUUUAAGGUCAGCUGAGCUCUUCUGUCUCUAGCUGUCAGCAUCAGAAUGGGAACUGAUGCAACACAACUCGCUGGAGUGGACCCCAAUGUGCUGGAGAUAGAGGGCUGCUAUACCAACCAGCUCCGUGGGCCCGGCUUGUGUUGGACGUGAUUUAAGCUGACAGGACGUGUCACACUUACUACUCCUAUCCAUCUAGAGAAGCUAUCCGUACCAGCACUCUGCUGUCCAGCGACCUCCCGGUAAAAACCGAGCUGGAACUUAACACGACGACAGCCGGCUAAUGAACCUGGACAGCUGAUUCAAACCUGGACUCUUAAAGCUGUAGCCGUUCUGACACUGGCACUCUUCCUGCGCUACAGAGUGUUUAUUCGCAGGAAAGUGAGUCACCUUUCCAGCCCAGAAGAUCUAUUGGGAUAUUUAUACACGCCUGUCUUCUAGCCAGCGAGGCAGAAAGGGCUCUCUGUACGAGUCACACGCUGUCGUGCUCUAAACCCUUGUACAGAUAACUACAGUUGUACAUACACUAUAUAUACAUGAUAUACCCACAUUUUAUUUUCGUGUACAAUAGAUUUUAUGUGAAAGUAAUUUUUUUAAAGUGGUAAAAGAGGAAAAAAAAAAAGCUUUAUUAUACUGUGAAUCAAAGAUGAAAAUUAAGUGAAAAUCAGGAACUCGAUUAUGACGAUCUCAGAAAUUGUUACAGAACUCUGAAUCUCAGACACCCACUACAUUGAUGAUGCAGUGUAAUUUCAAACGAAAUAUCAAGGAUGCUAUUACAGGACACGGUGGUUUUCAGACCAGUCGUCCAAUUUUGUUUUUUGCAUUUUGAAACAGAAAGCACUUAAUUCUACCCUUCCCGUUACUUGUUAGAUGAAUGUUCUUUGACAAUCCCCACUGCAGGCGAACUCGCUACAUCCACACAGGAGAAUAUAUCGCAUCUUUCUCGGCCACCAGCUGUAAGGAGCGGUGACCACCUGGUCAGCCUUCCGCUAUUUCAGGCCCUUAGCAAACUUCUGUUUGUGUGUGUGUGUGUGUGUGUGUGUGUGUGUGUGUGUGUUGUUUUGGUUUCUUUUUAAAGCAUUCCUCUUAUCCUUUACCCAAUCUCCUUUUUCCAGAGGCAAUUACAUCUCAUGCAUAAAAGCACUUUGUUAGAAUGUACUAGUAGCAGAGCAGCACAGCAAAGUGACAUUAGAGAGUCUUCAGAGAGUGUGAGAGAUUGGAGAAGCUCUUCUGAUGAAAGCUGCUGUAUAUCUGCUUUUCUGUAUUUUCCCUCUCUCUCUCUCUCUCUCUCUCUCGUUGUUGCACACGGCUGUUUUGUCUAUGCUUAAAAUAUUUUCAGGGGAAAGUCCAACAGGUUUUGUUUUUGCCCAUAAAAUUUCACCGUUGCAGCUUGUUGAGUUUGUAAACAGUCAUUCUGAUUGGUUUGAUGAGAAAUGCACAUCUCACUCCCUCGCUUUCUUUCUCUCGUUCUCUCUCUGCAUCUCUUACGCCUCCUUUUUUCAUCUUCACUCUUCGUCAUGCCAAAAAAAAAAAAAAGUAUGAUGAUUUUAAUGAAAAAUGGUACUAAAAACAUUUCUAUAAAUGAAUCAUGAAUAAAUUUAUUGCAUACAGCAAUACGUGUAAAAAUGCAGUGGUUUCACUAGUAGAUCUCAUAACGCUGCUGUGAACACUGAAGGAUUCCUGGUUUCUCUAACAAACAAAAAAACCUUCCUGAACCGUUUCUCAUCUAAACAUGCAGCAUGACUGUUUACUUCUCAUCGAGGGAAUUAUACAGUCAUUUAGAGAAAUCAGAAUUCCCCUUUAAGCUCAGUCCCUCAGAGGCUGACUAUUUUGUGUGGUUUUUUUUUUUUGGCCUAAUUACAGGGAUUGAAUGUUGCUCUUUGUAGCUAGAUUUUGCUGAUCCUGUAUUCCAAAGACAGAGCCAGAACGUCACCAGAGGCUCCGACGUCCGCCAAUAAAGAACCAGGCUGUUUAUUCUGCGCUCCUCUAAUCAAGACCAAUCAAAUGUAUUUGAUUUUGUCUAGCAAACACUCGAUUUUUUAAAGAGAAAAACGAGAUAUUUUUGUUUUAUUUGUGCCUUCUGUCGUGGUCUAACGAUUGAAUGUAAGUCUAUUGUCUAAAUAUUGGACAUGUUUUUAUGUCCAGAAUGAUGCAUGUCUUUUGGAAAGUGUUCCUCGUGAGAAUGUCUGGCCUUUCGAUUGCGAUGCCUCCGCCGUAGUCGAAUUCGUUUGCCGAUAUCGGCGGCCGAAGAUUGUUUACACCUCCAGUGGAUGCGAAUCAGGAGUUGUGAUUAUUGGGUAAAUUUAGUGAGUGUACAAGGUGAAGUGGAUUCUUUGCGAAUUUUUUACAUUUGCUUCCUAAACUCUCCAAUCUCUUCAUUGCCAUAUUUCUUCUACCUCUUCUUUUGCCCUGCUUUUUUUCCUAACACUUUUCAACGUAGAUUUUUUUUUUUUUUUUUAAACGCCCAUUUGGUUAUCGUAGCCGUUUUCCGGAAUCUCCACUCUAAUGAGAGGGUGUGGUCAAUUACUAUAUCUAUUCAAGCUGCCACUUACUCAGAGUGUCAUAGGGCAGCUGAAAGCGCUUUGAGGAUAGCGAUAAACCACCCACUUCUCUACACGUGGCUAUCCUCAAUAGGAGGAAAGAUUCGGGAUAGCCUUUCUCAUGGCCGGUUUUGUUUUACUGCCACUUCUGACCAGAACACACAAAAUCCAAUUCACAGUUUCUUCCAUCAGCUUCCAUUUUGCUUUUAGAGAGAGAAGAGAGAGAAUGGACACUAGAAACAUCUGGGAUUUCUGAAACCCAGCACAAUUUAGGCCUACUCAGUAUUUCAGGAGUAUUUUCUGUUGUAGUAAUAUGUUGACACUAUUACAUAUUGUAGAGAGAGACUAUAUUGUCUUAUUCUUCUUCUUUUUUUUUUUUCUUCUUCUUGUGUUUCUUAUAUAUAACAUUGGCCAAUCUCUCUUAAAGAGAUGAUAUCUUGUUGAUAUUCAAUAGGUUAUUUCUUAACAUCUUAAUCAUCAUAUGUGGUCUUGAGGUAAAUUGUAUAUUCUGUCUUUGUAUCAGGUUCUGACUUUUUAAGAGUUUUUUCGGAUUCUUUUGGUUUGAGGAUUUGUAACAGACCCAAAGCCGACUAAAGUGGUGCCAAAUAAUCUUCAUGUCACCUGAAAUCUGGAUGAAAUAACACUGAGCACGCAAUCAUGGUCCAAAACUCGGUCAAAUAUACAUUUUUAUUAUUUAGUUUUUUUUUUGUUUUUUUUUUAAUGUAAGAUAUAUUUGUCUGUUAGGAAGUUGUACAAUUUAAGUGCCCCUCAAAACAAACGUUUACUUGGAGCUUGAGUCAAGCUGUAAAGCACUUUUUAGAAUAUUUUGUCUGCAUGUCGUAGAAACAGAGUUUAUGCAUCUAGGAAUAAUAUUAGAGCAGAGCAUUCACCUCCCUAUUCCGCUUGCUGUGAGUGUAACACAGUGUGAGAUGUCCUUCCCUUUUGGCCCACGCUCGGGUCCUUAAAAAGAGACAGUGGCCUCUGCUGGUAGACGUUAUGUAGGGUGAGCUAGUCGCUAAGUGUCCUCUGCUCUGUGUUCAGGGUCGUGUAUAUACGACCGUCUCUUUAUAAUGGAUUAACUGGCUCGUUAGGAGGGGAAAAAAAAGCUCUUGUAUAGCAGAGACAGAUCUCUACAGGUCUUGCUGUUUUGCAUGAUUCUGACAGCCUUUUCGCAUUUCGUCUCUCUAAUCUCGUCAGGGUUUUUUUGCUAUUCGCGUUUCCCCCUCUCAGAACAAUCGUCCUCCAUGCUUUUAAUGUGCAAUACUGCUGAAUGUGGUUUCUCUGAGGUAGCUGCUAGCAAGGGAUAAAGAUUGUUAGAGAGAGUAAGCGUGUGGACUGGAGGCUGGUCCUUCACUGGUCUUGGUCUGCUGGUCCGUCAGCGUCGGUAAAGUCCUGUUACACACGGGGGGCGGGGGGGCUAUAGUUUUAAAAUGAUGGAUUUUUUUUUUUUUUGAGAAAGUGUAAAAGCAUCAAAGUUUUUGUAAAUUGUCCUUAUGAGAGGGGGACAUAUUUGUACACACAUUUAAUCCUGUAAAAAUAUAUAAAAGCAUACACUUUUGAAAAUUUACGAUCCAGUCACUAAAGAUUACUGUUGACUUGUGUGUGAAACUUCACAGAAUUUUUUCUUCUUUUUUUUUUUUUUUUUAACUGAAACAACAAAACAACAACUUUAAUCAGUGUUCUUUCCAGUUCUUUUAGAAUUCAGAAUUUUGUAGUCCAUCAAUAAACAUCAUGAAAAUGA